GAAUCGUCGAAGGAGAUCGCCUGGCGCCGGUUACAUCGUGCGUCUCUCGCUUCGAGUUCGAUCGCGUUGAGCCUAAGCGCGUACUUCACUUACGGACGCUCGGCGGCCGUAACGCGACGACGGAAGUUGAGAAAAACGCGGUAAACGAGCGUGGAACUGAGUUGAAAGACUGGUCAGGCGGGAAAAACCAGGUCACUCGUCGUUGGUAUCGCGUGGUAUCGGUGACUGGAGGAGACGAAAGAAACGAAAGUCGUAAAGGUAAAUGCGGCAGAGCGUGGACGCGCUUGCGCCUCACGGAGCACGGACGACCACGCGUUGCGACAACAGAGGAGCGGAAAGGGAGAGAGAGACACGCGGCGCAGUGUGAGAUUUUUGGAGGCGACGCGACGUGGGCUGUGAGGGAGCUGCGACGAAGUUGCCGGCAAAUAAACGAGAGAGAGAGAGAGAGGAAAGAGAUGCGAUAAUUGACUGCGAGUAAAACGAAUAGAAAAGAGAUGCUUCGCGUGUGCACGGGAUCGUGUACGUAAAGUAUCUCGCGUGCCGGAUCCUAGGUUAAACGUAAGCGCUACAGUGUACGGUAGAUUUGAUCGAUUUGUUGUUUGGUGCAUAAUAACACGUGAUCGUCGAAAACGAAGGAGAAAUUGAAGCUGGUGGUACAAGGAAAUGCGAAUUGGUGCCGGUUGUCUUUGCUCGCUCGCCGGAUCGAUGGAAAGUCGGUGAAACAAAGUGGUGAAUUCCCUCGUUAGUUUUGCAACCCAGUUCAUUCGUUUCGUAACACAUAUCCUUCGGAGUAAGGAAUACGAGUUGGGAGAUUGGGAAUCGGUGAAUCACUGUUGAUAAUUUCGCGUGAGAACCGUGACCAAUAUUUGGCACGCUGAAACGUGAAUGGAUCGACGUACCGCGUGUUUCGCAUCGCUCUCGAAGAUUGAACGUUUAUUAAUAAAAUAGCGCGAGGGAAUGAAAUCAAACGCAUUUAUGGGUUAGCAAAGUGGGAAUAAUUACGAUUACGGUCACGAUCACAGUCACCACGUUCAUCAGCACAGUGAUAUCAUCACAGUUUUACCCAAGAUAUCAAUCGUCCAAGUAACGAAGAAUCUCAAGGAAUCGAAAUUUAUCUUCUAAAGGAAGAAUCGCGUUAGUCGAUGAUUAUUCCACGAUCGUUUCUUUGCAACAGUGCGAAUCGGCGAUAGAUUUGGAAAUAAGAGGAGAGAGAUUUAUCCGCAUCGAGGAGGAGGAGAGAGACGGAAGUGAAAAGAAAAGGUGGUCGCGAGAUCGAGCGAAAAGCAAAAUCGAGGCGAAGAUCGAGACGUCGGUAAUGAGACAGGGAAAGGAAAACUGUUGAGAGAGGCGGUCGCGAGACAGGGGCAGUGCCGUAUCCUGGGGGCCCAGGGUAUGCGCAAGAUCUAUUAAUAACUUGUAAUACGGUAGUAGUGGGGCGCUGCCCGCUAGCGGGUGAAAAUAGAAAAGAAUGUUUUUGGAAUCCAAUUGGACUUGGUUGGCCGAACGAUGGGGCAAUAUGGCCGACUUGGCCGAGCGGGUGGACGAUCUGAUAUGCAGUUUCGACUCGGCUGGUGACACGACCAUGGAUACCUUGUCGAUGCUCAUAUUCGGCUGGAUGUUGUUCGGAUUGAUGGUACUGUGCGUCGGCAAAUACGUUUACAAUCGGUUCGUUUUGAACGGGCUCAGUUCUGGGACAAUAGUUACCGCCAAGGACGGCCAUAUCGUCCACGGUGAUAGCGUCGGUGUCAGUGGUGGUGGUGGUGGUGGUGGUGCUGGUGGUGGUGGCGGCAGUGGUGGUGGUGGUACUGGUGGUGGAGGUGGUAGUGGCGGCAAAUUGCUUUUGCUUGGCAAGCAAAAAAUCGUUCCAUCCUCGGGGGCCGGGGCAGGUGGUGGCGGCGCCGGUUCCGGAUCGCUUGCAUCCGUCGGUGGUGCCGCCGGUCCAACUUCCGCUACCUCGCCUUACGUCCCGCCGACACCUCCUGUCCGCAAACGUCUCACCAGGAAGACAUCCGGCGCUCUGAUCAGCCCGGCGAGAAGCAGCAAAAGUUUGCAUCUACCGACGGCAACUGGAGCCGACCCCGACGCUGUCCGCUGGGUCAACGAGGUUAUCGUUUGGCUCUACUCCGAUCCAGCGAUUUUGGACGAGCUGUUGGCCGUUUGGGUCGCGUCUCUCAAUCAAUUUACCGCCAACUCUGUCGACGAGCACGGAGUCGGGGUCGAAUUCGUUCGAGUUUUACCUGAAACCCAUCCACCGAAUCUCUCCAACAUUUUUUGCGAAUGCGACUCGAAGGACGACGUGACGAUCACGUGCGACUGCGAAGCAACUCCAGCCUUGCAGUUAAAAGCAUUCCGUCGGAAAGCCGAGAAACUCGAAGUAAGUCACUAUCGAGUGAACGUGAACCGUUUCCGCGCCCGAUUGAACGUCAUCUGUAUCACGGAGAAGCUUCUCCUCGAUUUGAAAUGCGACGGCUGGCCGGACGUGAAAGUUUCAUUGGCCCAAGUGGGCACGAUAAAGAAAGAUCUGGACGAGAGCCAAUUGCAGGAGGUCGUAACGGAAAUCGUGAUAGGAGCGUUAAGGGGGAUCAAUGUCCAUCUGAAUUUGUUCCAAUAUCCGAGCUGCCCGCGGUUAUGGAGGGAACCGGCGACCACCCAGCCAACCUUCUCGAUCCCCAUGCACUACGACAACGUGCAUACGUCGAGCAGCUCGCUUCAAAGCUCGCGGCAACGGCUUCAGACACAGAGCCCGACCCUGUCUCAAAACCAGUACGUGGUCAGCGACAGGCGGUUGCUCGUCAAAGUGGCGAGAGCCGCGGAAUUGGGCGGAGAGCAGGGAGCCGUUGAGCCGUAUUGCGUCGUUGAAUUGGACGAGCCCCCUCAAAAGAAUCAAACGUCCGUGAAGAAGGAUACUAGAAACCCGUCGUGGGACGAAGCAUUCUUAUUCGAUGUUAAUCGGAACACGUCCGAGGUAUUGUUGGAGGUAUACGAUCGCGCGAAUAAAUCGCAACGAUUCUUAGGGCUGGGAAUCGUGGGUAUCGACGAGCUUCUCGCGAAUCCGAGCCAAAGGCAGAUAAUACCUCUUCAAAAUCGACCUUACGAGGAGGAAGAUAUUACCGGCACGCUGACCGUUGAGUUUCUAUUCAUCGAGGGUGCGGAGGUGCCUCAAAUUGGGAACAAACCUUACAAGGUGAAGGAGACGAUAAAGCCGGUGUCACCGACUCCUCGUACCUACACCCCGACAAAUCUCAUCAGCGACAAUAAUCUAAAUUACAACAAUGGUAACAGCACACUUAUCUUGUACGACUCUACCGUUCAACCCGAAGGGGAUUACCUGACGAACGGGAACGUGGUGGACUCGCCUUACAGAACCGGUCAGAGCAACGGGAAUAAAGGAACGUUGAUAGUGCACAGCCAGCAAAGGCAGCCAGAGCGGCAGAUAGUUAAGGUCGCCCUAACGGAAAGUGGGAACUGGCAAGAGAUCUCUCCGGAGCAUGGACCGAAAGAUACCAGCGUGACGUCGGGACCGGAAAGCACACCGAAUUCUUCCAAUUCCGAAGAGAGGGGAAGAACGAGAAGAAAACGUCGAGAUUUCUUUGGCACGAUAAAGAAACGGCUGAGUCGAUCGAAGACGAGAAGCAGAUCUGUUGGACCGGAAGGCGAUGCGAAUCACGAGGAUCCACACUCCAGAUCUAUAUCCGCGGACAGGGCUCGUGAUCCUGGCUCGGCUCGUUUAUCGAUACCAGGGAGGGAGGAACAAUCGAGGAGAUCGAGUUUGAGCGAGGCAUCCGGUAUAAGCGGGGCGUCGACCAAAACUUACAUUAACGAGGCUUCUACAUUGGUCCUCGAAACGCUCGAGAACGGUAUCAAAAAACAUUACCUAGUACCGUUGUCGCUCGCGCAAAAAAGUAAAUGGCGAAAGAAGGGCACAAAACUUCAUAUAUUUAACGAUCACACUUUCAUAGCGAAACACAUGGCUGGUGGGACGGUGUGCGAGGUGUGCAAACGGACGCUUGCGCGAAGAUUAGGCAAGCAGGGUUACGAGUGUAGAGACUGUCAAAUGAAGUGUCACAAGCAUUGCCAUGUCAAGGUAGAAACUACGUGUCCCACGUCUACGAUUCAAAGCAUCGAAUUGUCUCUUCUGCCAGUACUCAGUGAAUAGAACGGAACGUGCAUAAAAGUUCCACGGGCUGAGCGCAGAUCGACGAAUCGUUUGUGCUGAUCAACACUUGAACGAAUGCCUUCGAAUAAAUUAAAAAACGUUCAUCCUGCUUGGGGACUCGUGUCGAAGAAAUCUCCUUUGUUGAAAUUAUCGUUCAAAUCGCUUCGUACGUAGCCGCAUAUAUUCGCGAGAGGGAAUCACGCUACAUACAAAUUAAUAUUUACACGAAAUUGUAGACAAUCUUGAGCAAAGCAAAGCCGCCGCGAGCUUGUUUAACGAUAGAGCGUUAAGAGAUUUGCACGAAGCGGCUUUGAACGCCGUAGCACCGUUCCGUUAUUCGCUAUUCUUAUUAUCAAGCCUUUUCAAUCUUCUAUACAAAUUAAAAAUAAUAUACGAACACGUGAACGAACGUGGAAACGAAGAAGCGAACGAAACGAAACGAUAUAUAAAAAAAAAAAAAAAAAAAAAAGAAUCAAACGAAAUUAAACGAAACGAAAAAGAAGUGGUAAAUAAACUUUCUUCUAGAAGCAGCAUGUUCUUCGAUUCGAAAUAGAUGAUAAUCAUACGUCAUGAAACAAGAUAUGAAAUAGAUGAAAUGUUCGCGACCAAUGAUAAAAAUAUCUAUACGUUUACUAUUUAUUCUUAAUAAUAGCUCCCUUGCUCCCUUUCGAAUUUUCACGAAACUUUUUACACUUAAAAGAACGUCCGAUUUUUUCUAUUGACUCGUAUAAUCUUAAGCCUCGAACGAUUAUAUCGUAUCGCUCUUUUUUCUUCGUUCUCUCUCUCUCUCUCUCUCUCUCUCUCUCUCUCUGUCUAUCUAAUCUAAAAUCUAUCUAUCUAUCUAUUUCUCUCGUCUGGAACAGAGGAGAGAAUCUUUAUUCAAGGAUGAUGACCGCGAUAAAAAAAUUGUGGAAAUUGCAUCGAUGAGAAAGAAAAAACUCGGUGAACGAUAGUGCCUCUAGAUACGAAAGUUCGUUGUUAUCUUUGAAAUAUUGUAAAAUCUUUAUAUCCGGGAGAAAUAUAAUACUCUUGACAAUAUUUUCGAUCGCUGUCCGAAAUAAAUUCGAUCGAUCAAUCAAACUUGACAAACGCUUCAACGCGCACAUUUGUGCCUAUGUAUAUUCGUGCGAAAGGAAAAGCAAUCGUAAUCUUCGCGUUACCAGUUGAUAGAAAAUAUUACUAUUAAUCAUGAUUAUUACGAUUGACAAUUAAGAUUCUGAUUAAUUAUUAUCUUUUAUCGCUAUUAUUACUAUUACUAUUAUUAUUAUUAUUACCAUUAUUAUUGUUAUUAUUAUUAUUGUUAUCGUUACUAGAAUCAUCAUCGCGACUUCAUAUAUUAUCAGCGUUACAAAUAUAGAGGAUCGCGAGCGAUUUAUUUAUAAAAAAUACGAACGAACAAGAAAAUUCGCACAACUAUUGUAACGAGGAUGAUAAUGAUAAUAAUACUGUGUUACGUUGAAAGAAAUAAUAUACGUUAUAAUUCUACACGA